AUGGCUUUGAGCUCUCGGGCGCAUGCCUUCUCCGUAGAAGCGUUGGUGGGGAGACCCAGCAAAAGAAAACUGCAAGAACCAAGAGAGGAAGUGCAGCUCGAGCUGCUGGAGAAAGAGGGCGGAAAGGUGCAGGAAGAGAGAAGGAGCGGCGCCGCGGGGAAGAAGAGAGAACAGCCUGAAAAGCGACGCAAGACAGAGUCCUCAGCAACUUUCUCAGGCAGUGGAGGCUCUGGAGGCGGCAGCGGCAGCGGCGGCAGUGGCAGCGGCGGCAGUGGCAGCAGCGGCGGCGGCGGCAGUGGUGACGGCCUUAACCUUGGUGGAAGUCUGGAAGAGAAAGAUGCUAUCCAAAUGGAGCUGCAAGGAUCCGAGCUGUGGAAGCGAUUCCACGACAUUGGGACUGAGAUGAUUAUUACCAAGGCCGGCAGGCGGAUGUUUCCCUCUGUUCGAGUCAAGGUGAAAGGGCUGGACCCAGGGAAGCAGUACUACCUAGCCAUGGAUGUGGUGCCAGUGGAUUCCAAACGCUAUAGGUAUGUGUACCACAGCUCUCAGUGGAUGGUAGCCGGGAAUACAGACCACUCCUGCAUCAUUCCCAGGUUCUAUGUUCACCCAGACUCACCCUGCUCUGGUGAGACCUGGAUGAGGCAGAUCAUCAGCUUUGAUCGUGUAAAACUCACCAAUAACGAAAUGGAUGACAAAGGCCAGAUCAUUCUGCAGUCCAUGCACAAGUACAAGCCCCGUGUGCACGUGAUGGAGCAGGACAGUAGAAUCAACCUGUUCCGGAUUCAGUCCCUGCCCACUGAAGAUGUGAAAACGUUCUCCUUUAAAGAAACAGAGUUCACUACGGUAACAGCUUACCAAAACCAGCAGAUUACCAAACUGAAAAUAGACAGGAAUCCUUUUGCUAAGGGAUUUAGAGAUCCCGGAAGAAACAGGGGUGUAUUGGAAGGGCUUUUAGAGACCUACCCAUGGAGGCCUUCUCUCACUCUGGAUUUUAAAACUUUUGGUACAGACACACAAAGUGGAAGCAGUGGCUCAUCUCCAGUGACCUCUAGUGGAGGGGCUCCCUCUCCUCUGAACUCCUUGCUUUCUCCACCUUGUACCCCACCUACGUUUCACUUACCUACAAGUUCCUUUGGAAUGCCCUGUCCGGAGAUGUACCUGCACAAUGUCAAUCUACCCCUUUGCUACAAGAUUUGUCCAACUAAUUUUUGGCGACAGCAGUCUCUUGUCUUGCCUGCUUCUGAAAACCUAGCAAGCAACAGCAAUUCUCAGUCGUUCAGCCCACUCAUGAUGGAAGUUCCCAUGUUAUCUUCCCUGGGGGUUGCCAAUUCAAAAAAUGGUUCAUCUGCAGACUUCAGUGGGCAGUGUCUACAAGCACCUAGUUCUUCCAAUCAAACGCUAUAUGGAUUACAGGCAGCUGGAAACAUUUUAUCACCAAACCCCAUUGCCCGGGAAACAGUAGACUGCUCUUUCCAUCCUUCCUUUGGCUUUUAUAGGUACAACUUCUCAGUGCCAUCUAGACUGGUAAAUGCUUCCAAACAUCUCAGAAUGAAUGACAACACUCAAGUUUCUUUUAGAGAAGGCAAAUGCAAUCAUGCUCAUUGGUAUCCAACAGUUCAUCAUUGCCUGUAA